GGAGCGAUGAAAUUUACAUACUUUAUGUAAUACUUUAUAUAAGAUUGCACUUUAACGUUGUUCUAUAGAAGCCGGAAGACGACAUUUUGAUCUUUUAUAAUUUUAGGAAUUUGUUUUGUUUUGUGUAAAAAGAAAUGUGAUUAUAAUAUGAUAUUGAAAUGUGGUAAUCAUGUGGAAUAUGGGGAAUGAUCAGGCACUUUUGUCAAAUGAAUAUGAAAUAUAAAUCUGUGCCAUGAGUGGCAUGAUGUAAUAUUAAAUAUUUGGUACACAAAUAUCAUGUGCAUUUACUUCAUGUGAGCCUCGUAUUUGACAUAUAACUAACCAAAGAAAGAAGAAAAUAAAUAUCCACAAUGCAGAUGCUUGGUCGACUGAAGAAAACAGUGUCGUCAGUUAUCGGCAACCCAGUAUGUAGAGAUUAUGAAUUUACAAUACAGACAGGAACUUGUGGGCCUGGAGGUUUAUGGAAAAUUUAUGAUGGACGCAAGAAGUCAACUGGACAGGUAUGUCUUGUAUGGAUCUGCCACUGUGCCACACAUACAUAAAUGUUGAUUGCAGGGUUCGUACAAAGCUUGAAUAUCCUUGAAUUUGUAAAGAUGUAUUUGAAAGUCCUAAAAUUGUUUGACAUUCAAAACGGACGUUUUGUUGAAUUGAUUUUGCAUGUUCAUAUCACUCAUAUCUGAUUUCUACCCCUUUUCUUCAGUACUUACUGUAGUCCUUGAAUUUGCUGAUACAUGGCCUUGAAUGUCCUUGCAAAGUCCUCCAGGGUGCAUUCCAUGUAGCCAAACGCGAAGAUCUUCGGCGUGGAGUUGCGAUGCCCUAGCUACGGCGCAGCGGCGUGCAAAUGCUAAUGUUGGCGUGCCGGCGUAGUCUUUUUUUCCCUCAACGGCGUACAAACUUAAUAUAAUACAAUCAGAAAAUAUCGUCGUUAAGUCUCUAUUGUUUAUCGGAUAACUUAACAGUUUCAUGAUCUUUUUUGCCAACCAAAUCAAGUAUAAUAUGUUACAUGCAGUGGUUUCAUAUUUGAUAAAAACACUUCCUACUUAGUAUUCCUUAUAUAAAGAAUACUAAUUGGUUUUUGAAGCCGUUCAAUACACUCGCGACCCAUGUUUUAUUGUGUCUAAAGUAAAAUUUUAUUUUUGAAAUUUCAAUAAAAACUACCGAAACAACCGAAAUAUUUCAAUAUUUACAAGUAUAAGCUAUCACUCCGUGUUUACACGGCCACCAUUUUUAUUUUUUCAGCAUAAUCAGUAAUGUGAUACCUUACUUCCCAUCGUCCCCUGCACGCAUAAACUAAAAGCUGGAACUGCCUAUUUACGGAAGUUCUCACAAAUUAAGUCGUCAAAUAUAAUUUGAAAAUGUCUCCAUCACGCGGUUAACUAUUCCAUUCUUGAUAGAAUACACCCUUCCGGAAAGUAUGUCACUUUGACUAUUGAGCCUCGUUUUCGUGUACAUCUAACAUUAGUCAAAGCCUGAUGCUCAGUCAUGGAAACGAGGCCCUAUAGCCAAGGUGACAUACUUUCUGGAAGCGUGUAUUGACUCCUUCAAAUACUUAAGGAAUUACAAUCCAACAAAAUUUAACCUGGUCAGAGCAUAUUGACAACAUCAGCAAGAAGUUUAAUAAUCAACACCUUGGUUUUAUUCGCCGCAUAAAAUUCUUACUCCCUAUACAAGCCAGACUCACCCUCUACCUCACCCUCUACCUCGCCCUCUACAACAACCUUGUCCUCCCUCUAUAGUGAUAUCGUGUGGGCAGGGCCUUUUUUAAGGAUUUUCCCGUGGUGGGGAUUUUUUGAAAAGGGACCUUUCUGUGAGAUAAUAUAUUAGAGGGGGAUAGCAAUGGCCGAAAGCCACGUGUGUGGCCAAUAUACCACGCAUGAAUGGGGGGGUCUGGAGUACUCCCCCCGAAAUUUUUUGAAAUUUGAAUCCCGGAAAUGUCAUUUCCUGCAUUCUGAGCAUCCAAAUUUGCUCCAAAAUUUAUGCUAACUAUACUUGUAUUUGAAAUAAAUAAAGGAAAAAACGCACACAAAAAGUAAAAAAAAUAACCAUAAUUUAUCAUUACUUAUUAGAGGAGGAUAACAAUGGUCAGGUGUGUGGGGGUGUACUCCCCCAGAAAAUUUUUGAAAUUUGAAGCAUGGAAAUGCCAUUUCCUGCAUUUUGAGCAUCCAAAUUUGCUCUAAAAUUUAUGCUAACUAUACUUGUAUUUGAAAUAAAAGAUGGAAAAAAUGCACAAAAAGUAAAAAAGAAUAUUAACUGUAAUUUAUCAUUACUUAUUAGAGGGAUAAUCCCCAGAAAAAUUUUGAAAUUUGAAACCCGGAAAUGCUAUUUCCUGCAUUCUGAGCAUCCAAAAAAUAAAAAAAAUUAUUAACAAUAAUUUAGAAAAAAGUAACAAUUUAAAUCGAUUUUGUUAAACUUUUAGGACAAGGGAUGAAGCCUAAAACUUACUUUCCGUUUAUGUAUUUGUUAAUCUUCGCUGGUUUGUUUGUAUAAUUUUAGGGAAAAGGGACUUUUCCUGGGGGGGGGGCAAAAUGUGAUUUUGUGGGGGGCACAAGGGGGGACUGGGGGGCAUUUUCCCCCCAGCUUGUAUGUUAAAAAAGGCCCUGCGUGUGGGGAGACAAAAACAACUCCACUCUAAUGAACCACCUUCAAGUUCUACAAGAUAACGCUGCAAGACUUAUCCUUGACCUUUCUUGCAAUUCCUCUGCUACCAAAGAAACUCUAGAGUGCAUGGAAACCCCUUUACCUACGUUGAAAACACCACCAUUGUAUCUCUGUCUUUAAAUGUCUUAACCAUCUAGUCAACUUUGAUUUUAACCUUACCAUGAUCUCCCAAAACAUAGCCAUAAAACACGCCAGAAUAACAACUACUAUAACUUCCAUGCACGCCCAUGUACGAAUUGGGGAAUACAGCAAUUCAUUUAUCACUCGCUGUCGGGAUGAAACUCAUUACCUAUUGAACUAAACAAUCUACCAAUCUUAAUCUCUUUAAAACUAAACUAAAACAAUUUAUAAUCUAACUAAGUUGAACUUUUUUCCAACUAUGAAGUAUAAUUAUAUAUACCUGUAAUCAAUUUGUAAAUAUUUUAUAGUUUUUAAAUAUAAGCAUAGUAUAGUUUACCAUGUAUAUUAAUAGAUGUUUGGUAUUUUUGCACAAGUGAAUAUAACAAAUCAUACAAGUUGCUUGGUCAAAUUUGAUGUAUAAAGCUGUUAAAUUCACCUACAGGUGAAUAGUAACAAAACCGAAUUAGUUCUAAACAAAUAAGCGAAAUUAAAAUAAAUUCAGUCCCAAAAAAAACCACAAAAGACUUGCAUAAAAUACUAAAACAUGGAAUUAUUCGCCGAAGGCGAGGUGAUUAUUGGGGAAUAUUCACCUCGACCUCAUCUCGGUGAAUAUUUAACAAUUAUUCGCCGAAGGCGCGAAGUGAUUACCGGUGAAUAUUCACCGUAAUCAUGCACUGAGCCUGAGGCGAAUAAUUGUUUUAGUAUACAUUUUUAAUGAAUAAAACAAAAUAUCCAAUUAAAAUUCAGAAAUAUAAAAACUGUUUUCUGCCUGUUCACGGUUACUAGCUGUCACUAUAGUAGUGUUGCAGUGUUUCUUGUACGCACACCGCUUUCGAAAUGGCUUCUUGUGUGACUUUAUUGCUUUAUUACAAUGUUGUUUUUCUCGAUUUCUGCUUAGCCUUAGAAUAUAAACACAAUAACGGAAUGACUUUUUCACCAGACUUAGAAUUAGAAAAAUAGGGUUUUUUUAGCAUUAAUUUUUUCAGGAAAUGGCUGAGAAAUUUAUUAAAAUGAAAUGUAAAACUAUAUAUCGUUCGAAAUAAAGUUUUUAUUAAUAACACUUUACAAUUAGUUUCGAAAACACAAUACAGCGGUCAGAACACCAUACAGCACAAUCGUACAAAUUGAGAGAUCUAUAGGAUACAAAACAAAAUGGAUUUAAAAGAAUAUCACGGCAAGGUUUUUCCCAACAGUCGGGAUAGUUUUUGCUAUUUGUUUGAAGUGAAUGUUUUGGAGUUUUUAAUAAAUUAAAUAAGUUUUAAAUUGUCCGUGAAUAUGUUUUACACAGUGUCGCAGUAAAAUAGUUAAGGAAUAAAUUAAAUAAAGGAAUCCUACCUAUCAAGUUAAAUGCAACAUUUUGUCCUUCUUUCGUUUUCUGGGAUGAUUUUUUCAAUAUUUUUUCGAUUUUGAAACCAAAUUUGCCAAAUCAUUCUUUUUGAAAAGCAAUAUUUACUAGUCUGCUGAUAAAUAAUGCGUCAGAUUUACUGGUCAACUAGCCAAUCAGAACGCGCGAAAGCUCAUUUGAUAUGCAAAAUUUAUAUUAAUUCCCGAUAAUCACCUCGGCCUUCGGCGAAUAAUUGUUAAAUAUUACAGGACCUCCCUGAAAAACACUUCGGUGAGUGGAGCUUCCUGAAUAAAUAUUAUUUUUAUUAUUCGAUUUGGCCAACCUAUCAAUCCAAACUACCAAAAAAUAUUUCAGUCAACUUCACUAUUCGCUACAUAAACAAUUCGCUACUAACUGGUAAAAGCCUUCAAAAAUGGGGAUUCUCCUCGUCCUCUGAAUGGGCUAUUCCAAUUAUUAUCCGUACCCCCCCCCUCCCUGUUGAGGAACCCCUUUCUCAUGUCGGUACUCCCCUGGAAUUUCCGCAAAUUUUCAUGUAAAAUUUACCCCUUCCCAUGGAAUUUCCUUGUAAAAAUUACCCUUACCCAUGGAAUUUCCAUUUUAAAUUAGGCCUUCCCCAUGGAAUUUCCAUUUAAAAUUUGGCCCUGUCCAUGGAAUUUCCAUGUAUAAAUUACCUUUCCCUAUCGAAUUUCCAUCAUGGGACAUUUACUCCUGAAAAUUUCCCUCUAACAUAUGUCCUCCCAUGGAAUUUCCAUCCCAUGAAAUUUACCCCUCCCUCUGGAAAUUCCAUGUGAGAAUUAUUCCUCCCCUUGGAAUUCCAGAUCCUGAAUGCCCCCUUCCCUGGAAGUUCCAGGGUUAAUCCACCCCCUCCCCUGGAAAUUCCAAGGUUAAUGUACCCCCUCCCCUGGAAAUUUAAAGUUAAUGCACCUCUCCCCUGGAAAUUCCAAGGUUAAUGCACCCUCUCCCCUGGAAAUUCCAAGGUUAAUGCACCCCCUCCCCUGGAAAUUCCUCAACAGGGGGGGGGGGGUGCGGUAAUAAUUGGAAUAGCCCAAUGCUCAUUUUGCCUUAAACCUGAAUCUUUGUCACACGUUGUUGCUGGCUGCAGUUCCUAUUUUGAUCGAUUUACUUGGAGACACAACUCAAUCCUAAAUUUUAUUGCUAAUAACCUCCCAUCAGAACAUAUUUAGACCAUUUAUUACAAUAUUUCAUUAUUUGCUUUCCUCUAGGAAGUUGCUGUGUUUGUGUUUGAAAAGAAAGUUCUCGAAAAAAUGGAGAAGAAAUCAGCCGAACUUAUCUUAGAAGCAAUGAAAGCUGGACCAACACACCUUGCAAGGUUACGUCACCCCAGAUUACUGGUCGUACAACAUCCACUGGAGGAAUCACGGUAUGUACAAUUUUGAAGUAACCUAAGAUGUUAAUUUAUAUUUCUUUCAAAUUGUUUUAAUUAAGAAUAGUCUUUGGUAGAUUGGAAGCAGAGAUAUACUCUGCAUGUGAUAUCCUGUGUUAAAGCUGUUGGUACUUGCAUGGGCGGGCUCUUUAGGGCUUCACAUCAACCAGUCAAUGGCUAAAUUUGAUUGCCUGGUCAAGAGUAAAGAUAAUUGUUCAUCAUCAUUGUUGAGCCCCCAUUCUCAAUCUUCAUGUAUGGUCGGUGUCCGAAGCAAGGGGAGGGGGAAGAUCUUAUAUUGUGCGAUAUAUCCCACUUGACUUACGAUCAAAGCGAUUUCUACUAUACUACCAUUUAUAUACUGUAGUAAUUAUUCAUAUUUUAGAGACAGCCUGGCUUUUGCUACAGAACCAGUAUUUUCAUGUUUGUCAAAUAUCCUUGGUGAUCAUGAGAAUUUUACACCUGCUGUCCCUAAAGAAAUAAAGGUAACUUCAUUUAUUCCAGAAUGAGCGACAUGUAAUUUAUUGUUUAAUAUUGCCAUAAUUAAACUCGGGAAGAACCGGAAUUUUUUGCUUGCUCUGUGUGAGUUUCCAUAUUCAUUCGUAGUUAGCCAACCAAAUUUGACUUUUUGAACUUUGUCCAUCCAAUGGUUAAAGAUAAAUGUAGUAACUCAGUGAUCUUGUUGUGGAAUAACCUGAGUGUAGUUUAUAUUCACAAUGGCAUUCACUUUGUUGUUUUCAUACAUGAUCAAAGAUGUACUGUAGAAAAAAGUACAAAGUGUCUUUAUGUUUCAGGAGUACGAGUUGUAUGAUGUUGAGAAAGUCUAUGGAUUAUAUCAGGUAAUUACAGUAUUAUACAGGGUUUUUUCAGGGAUUUUUUAGGGCCGUUAAACGGCCCCAAAAACUCAAUCUUGAAUUGAGUUUUGAAACUCAAUCUUCACACCAAAGUUUCAGUGCAGUAAAAAUGAAGUUGUCUGAGUUAAAUUCGUGACGUGUGGAAAUUAGUUUUCAGUUGGAAACCCGACAAUUAAGAAAAAAUGGCUGGAAUUCAUCUCACAACACAAGAAAAACUAUGCAUUCGCCAUCUUUAACCAGUUUAUAGUGUCCCUUAGUGCCCAGGGCUGCUUUAACACAUUCCGUCUCAACUACAUUUAUUGAGUACAGGUGUCAACCCCUUGGUAGGGGGGUGCAACCACCCCAGCUGUUCAGCUAAACUCAAUCUUCUCUGCAAAAACGGACCCAAGAGAAAAUCUUGAAAAAAAAACUGUUAUACUGUCUGUCACUUCCUUUAUAUUGAAUCUUCGGCAGGCAAUGGUUAUUCGAGGACAUUACUUAAUUUGCAUCGUAAUUUCUCUAUUGUCUUAUUAUACCAAACGUCUUUGUAUUUCAAAACAUAAUGUUCAUACAGGCACAUGCAUUGUAUGAUGUGUACCUGACAUGUGCUCUUAAGAGAAGAGUGAGCUCAUGAUUUAGCUCAUUUAUACAUGCCAGUUUUUGUAAACACCAUGCAGUAACCUGACGACUUUCGUUGUUAGUGCCGCUGUUUUGUGUUAUUCUUGUUGUAAAUAGUGCAUGUAUAGGUGGGAAGUUGGUGAAUUUCCAUGUUAUGUAUGCAGGAUUUGUGUAAUGCUGACACUGAACAUGUUUAAAAGUCAUAGUCGCUUUUAAAUUUAAUAUGUAAUUUCUAAUUACCAUAAGACUCAUUGAUAUUUCUAGUGACUCAUGACUGCACUUGAUAAACAUGUAUUUUCCAUUUACUAAACGUGCUGAAUUUUUUAUACGUUUUAGAUUGUUGAAGGUCUAAUAUUUCUCCACAAUGACGCUAAACGACUGCAUGGCAACUUAACAGCACAGUCUGUUGUUAUAACAAAAAAUGGUCAAUGGAAAAUUGCAGGAUUGCACUUUAGUAAAGUCGCCACAUCCGCGGAUGCAGAGGUAUAGUUUCCAGACGUUACAUUCUUGCUCUCAUACGUUGUUUUACAUACAAAUGGUGCAGAUCUUCAUAUGAUAAUUUUUUGUAAUCAAUGAAAAUCAACCAGCUCCUAUAGUAACCUGAAUUAUACAUGUGUUCAAUUAGAUACUGUAUACUAUCGUUUCUUUCUAAAUCCAAAACUUGGAGUGUCAUUGUUAUAAUUUAAAGUUCUGCAAGUGCAUUAGCAAAUUCAGUUCAACUUGCGUGUUGUUGUAACUGACUGAUGUAUAUGCCUGAGCGAACAAUUUGAAAUUGCGUGUUUGAAAAACGUGUGUGGCUGAAUUUUUAGAGCUCAAGUGCGAGCGAGUUGGAACAACUGAACCAAGAGCGAGUUAAAAGAACAGCUCACAAGCACUGUAUAAUAUGCGUUUUUGAAAGAUCCGGACAGAAUGUAUAAAGAAGACAAGUACUGUAGACAACGCAGAAAAUAGAUAUAUAGUAUAUUUAAUAACCAUACAUUCACACAACGUACUGUAACAAGUGUAAGGUACAGUAAACACACUAGCGACGAAAAUCAUCCUGAUCGCGAGACUGUUAACGCUUGCGAGUUGCAAAUUUUGAUGCAAUGUGAGCACACAACGCUUAGCAGUCAGGUAAAUCCAUAGAAAUAAUUAAUAGAUAUAGAAUGCAUACUUGAUCACGAAUCAUGUUUCCACUUUUUCUCAUGCGUGCCCUUUCAAAUCAAAAUAUAUAUAAACAAAGCUAAAACUAAGUUUUCAUCGUUGAAAGUUUUGUCUUGCUGUCUAAUUUGCAGUUUGAGGAUGGAUUUUGAAAUAUUAAGUUCUUUGAAGGCACAAAGGCAAAUGUAUAAGUGCUUGAGUUGUGCAUUUACAAAAACGGUGAAAAUCUUGCAGCCUUGUAAAACAAAGUAAUUUGCAAAAUGAUAGUUCAUUCUUCGUCGGGUUUUUCAAGUUUUUUCAAGUUUGCAAAAAAACAAGUAUUUAGUUGUCGAUGAACAGGAGUGGAAAAAAUAGGCGAGCACGCGAGCACUACUCGCAGGAAAUGUUAAACAGCUGCAGGAAAUUCCUUUGAAUGAAGAUUUGCUAUUGAAAAUUUGAAGGAAACCUUAACAUGCACCCAUGACCUACCAUGGGCGCAACAACAUAUGGUUGACAGACAUUAUUCCUUGAAUUUAAAACUAUGGUCAUGCAGCUAGAACACUAUAUGUUUAUGCACAUGCAGAAAAAUACUCCGUUGGCCUGCAGGAAUUUUUUCUCCAGGUUGUGCUCCCAUGCAGGAAGAAAAUUAUUUUCUGUUGGUUGGGAUAGGAAUAUGGUGCGGCGGUGGUUGGCGCGCGGCCAUGCGAAUAAACUGUAUGUGGUAAAUUCAUAGCCAGUACCACUUGCUCGACCAACAUAUUUGCCUCAGAAAAUGGUGUUGACGACGACUCCCCAGCGGAUGCCAAUCAUAAGGAGUAUAGGAAAUGCUGGAAGCUUCUUUUUAUCAAUUGUGAUGUCCACGUCCAUAAUUUUACAGCUUUUUAAAUAUUUGUGUACACUAUCCGGUUGAUAGCACUAUCCGACCUUCGUACAACCCCUGUUCGUUAACGUCCUUUAUUAUAUUCUUACAUUUGCAGAUCUAAUGUAUUCUGUAACUUUAGUUUCAGGUAUCAUUUAACUGUCAAGGAUGGGAAUCUCAAUUGAAUCCGUUAUGUCAACCAGAAUUAAAUUAUACAGCUCCUGAACAUAUCUUAUCACGAACAUGUACAACGUCUGCUGAUCUCUUCUCGUUGGGAAUGUUAAUUUACGCCGUGUAUAACGGUGGUAAACCAUUAUGUGAUUGUCAAGGUGAUAUCGUUACUUAUAAAAGACAUGUUGAAAAGGUAUAACUCUAGUGUAUUAGAAAUAUUUGAUUACAUGCACGAAAACCCAUUGCAUAUAUGCGCCAAAAGGUAGGAGCUAUUUUGUAAUAAAGUCAGUUUUGAUGCUGUAACCUUAAGGUUUGAUGUGCUAACACAACUGUAACUAUACAUCUAGAACUAAUUACAAUGGUAAUUUUAUAAUAUUUUAGAUCACUCGAAAUCCUCCAGCACUUGGUGAUGUUCCUACUGAAUUUCAAGAUCAAGUAAAAUGUUUACUUUCAGUUUCACCAGACGUAAGACCUGAUGCUCAUCAAAUAUCCAAGGUUUGUAUAGUUCUAGUAUAUCUUUUAUUUAUUUAUUUGAAACUUUAUUUAAAGACGGUAGCCCCAUCAGCAAAAGCUGGUUUCAAUUGGGGGUGUCCGGACUGUACUGUACAAAAAACAUUGACAACAAUACAAAACACAUAGUUAUACAAUAACAAACAAAUAAGUAUUAUAUGUAAUAUAGCGUCAUUAGUAAAUAUAUAUGGUCAGUAUUGCAUUAUCUAGUGAAUUCCAUCCAGCAAAUUGUCUUUCCAAUUAUACAGGGUGUACAAAAAAAGCGCAAUCCUCGACUGAAAUGUAAAUUGCUAAACAAAUAAUAGACGAAAACGUUAAAGUUUACAUUCAUUUAAAGCGUAGCCAUUCAGCUUUCUAACAGUGGGUUGUUUCUUAAAUUUGACUCAUUGGUUCGCGGGUAAUAAUACUUUACGUUAUUGCGAUUGGAGAUUAAAAAAAUUGAGAUGGAAUAACAAAUCGUUCUCAUGAAAAUAACUGAUUUUUUCAUUAAAACAAAAAAAUGUUGCAUUUUAUUAAAUGGAUUGUAACAAUAAGCAUAAUUACGGCUUUUCUUCCACUAUUUUUAACUCAGUUUGAAACUUCAAAUGCGAUAUAAUUUUGGCUUGGACCAUCUAAGCUGACUGACAUCAACUUGCUAUAAUUUCUGUUUACAUUACAUCGCAAUUCGAUGACACUCUGGCUCAGACACCAGAAUGUUUUGACGAUUUUUAGCAUUCGUUUAGGAUUUUCAAACAACCUGGUCUCUUUUAAAAUACUUUUAAUUUGGUUCUUACGUGGUUUUCCAGAUGUAGUGACGACAACAUUAAAGUUUAAAGAAGAAAAUUCUAACAUUUAAACUGACUAAACAAUAACAUAGUAAACUUGCAUAAUUAAACAGCAACUAAAAAUGAUAAGUUUUACUAAAUCUUUUCCUGUGCAAUUAUUACUAGCAUUGGAGACAAGGAUAAUAGUUUGUUUGAAAGAGAAAAGAACAGGCUUUGAAGUAAGCCUAAAAGCGUUUAACUAGAAAUAGUAUUUCGAAAGUUAUAAUAAAAGCACAAAAGAUGAAUUGCGUUUAUUUUGAUACACCCUGUACAAUAGAGUGGUUGUGAAAGUGAACUUCGAAACAAAUUUUUGCACAACUAGAAUGAUACAUUUAGCAUCAGUCAAUCGACAUGUAAACAGUUAACCUGAAGCACAAUGUUUAAGUGCCAUUUAAUGAUCACGAAAAUGUGACGAUUUUGCAUGAGAGAGUUGCAUACAUUGUGCUAAAUGUUUCAAACUUGAUUUACCCCUCUAUGGACGUAAGUACCGUAAACCUCCGACUAUAAGAUGGGCUUAUAUACUUUCGUAAGCGAUUUUUGAUGGGCUUAUACAAGGGGGGGAGCUUAUAUACGGGGGGCUAAUACAGUACAUGGACGAUCCUUUGUGUUAGUGAUAAACAAGUAAGUCAUAAACAGGAAAAUAAACAUGUGUUAAUAACGCGCUUUGAUUCACAUAGUCGGCUAUACAAGGACAAUGACAAUGUUUUUUAAAUAUCGUUCUCUGCUAAUAUUAAAAGACAUUGUCAAUGUUGAAUAACGGAGUGGGCUACUGCAGGGCUUAUAUUCGGAAGACUUAUAUUUGGGGGGCUUAUAUUCGGGUGGGCUUAUAUUUGGGGGCUUAUUUUUGGAAUGAGGUGAGCGUUAGUAUAUGUGGUGGGCUUAUAUUCGAGGCUUAUUUAUUUUUUUUGGGGGGGGGCUAUUAUUAUAGUCGGAGGUUUACGGUUUACACAUGCAGGUACAUGCAGUACGACUAAUCGAGUAUUCAAUAAUCGAAAUAAAAUUUGUUAAAUUGGUUAGGUAUAGUGCUGUUUAACAAACGUGACGGUUUUAGAACUACACGUAUAGUGUACUACUGCAGCUGGUUGUUCAAAGCACGAUUAGCACUAACCGUGGAUUAAAUGUAACCCAUUGCUUUGGUUUAUGUAUAUCUGUAUGUCUGUUUAUUUCAAAACUUUAGGGAAAUUAAACAUCCGAUGAUGCGAACAAGAUUUCUGGUAAAAAUAUUUCCAAGGUUAUUAAAAAGCUGCUGGGAAGUAUGCUUUGAAUGUCACGUUAACCCAGGGUUAAGCUAACCGGAUUUUGAACAACCGGCCCAGUACAUAUAUAAAGAAUAUGCGCUUUUCAUUUAUUUUGCUGUAUAUAUAGGUGAGAUAUUUUGACAACGUCGCUGCACAAACUCUGCAUUACUUGGAUACGUUAAUACAACGAGACAACAUGACAAAAUCUCAAUUCUUCAAAAGUUUAUACAAGAUUAUUUCAAUGUUGCCCAAGGUACAGUAAGACUACCUGUACAUAGUACUCAUCUCGUCGACAGGUACAUUUACUUACAGUAUGCUGUUAUUUUAUGCAUAUAUGUUGAACAUACUGCAACAGGUUGUUAAAGAAAGUUGCAUGAAACUAUAGUUCUUUAGUUCCGAACCUAUGGUAGCAGUCGAUAUGAGGACAUGCAUGCAAAAAGGUCGGGCAUAACCUGGGUACGAGAUUGUGUAAUAUUAAGUGUAGUUUGAAUAUCCAUUGACUUGUUGAAUUAAGGAAACAGGACUAUAACAACUUGCGCCUUUCUUGAAGAAUCAUCAUGGUAAAUUAAUAUAUAUAUAUAUUAAUAUAUAUAUAUAUAUAUAUAUAUAUAUAUAUAUAUAUAUAUAUAUAUAUAUAUAUAUAUAUAUAUAUAUAUAUAUAUAUAUAUAUAUAUAUAUAUAUAUAUAUAUAUAUAUAUAUAUAUAUAUAUAUAUAUAUAUAUACGCAGUUCAUGAUCCGGUAUGUGUAUAUUUCGUUCAUUAUAACCUCUAUGUUCAUUUUCUAUUUCCAGCGUGUAGUUAUUCAGCGAGUUCUACCACAUCUUUGUCUUGAGUUCAGUAAUCACACCAUGAUUCCAUUUGUACUGCCCAAUGUCUUGCUGAUUGCUGAAAGUUGUACUAAUGAAGAAUAUAAUGAGCUGAUAUUUCCCCAACUUAAACCUGUUUUGAAGAUACAAGAUCCUAUACAGGUACGUAAAAAUACGCAGCGAAAUGUUUUAUGAGAACCACCUCAAGUGAUCUUUAAAGUAAAGCUGCAACAUUUAAGCUGUAGGCUUUGAUAUUCUGUCUUCUCUGGACUGCUCACAAUGAAAUGCGCUACGUAUUUCGUAUAAAUUGUGCGUGUCCUGCUAGUUAUGAUGCUGUCUGCAAACCUUUUUCACUACUUUUCACAUGGAGGUUCAUCAGAUGGAGAUAUAUACUAUUUUAAGACACUUGUGUCCGUAUUAGAUGUAUAUAAUCUUUCGCCUUCUGCUCGUAUUUGUGUACUAAUCUGUGGUAAUAUCAAUAUUACCUUUAUAUAAAUUUGGCAAAUCUUUCGAUGCGCAAGCCCGCGGAUCUUCCUAGUAUACCAAUAAUAAUUUUCUGCACGCCGGAUUUCUGCAUUGAAAUAUGCUCAGCUCCGGGCUUACGUAUCGACAGCUGUACCAAAUAUUCCUUCUGCAUUCUUGAGAAACUUUAAUAUUCACCUCAAAUCCAGGUUGUGUUAAUACUGCUGAGAAAGAUGGAUUUACUGUUAACCAAAACUCCAAAAGAAGCAGUCCAAUUUCAUGUCCUGCCAAUGGUAUUUCAAGCUUUAGAAGCGCCAUCUGAUCAAGUUCAGGUGAGAAUGAUACUUAAAAUACGAAAAAUCGUCUUUAAGACCUCAACGACUUUGUUUUCACAACAAAUUCGCACUUAUAGGAGACAAAUUGUUUGGUGACGAUGGGAAAACGGAGAAACGUGCAACUGGGGCAAUUGUUGUAAAACCGGUCAGCUUGAUCCUACAGGUUAACAUAAAACUUCAAAACAAACUUCCUAACAGCUUGUGUAUAUAAACUUGGAAAUAUUAUUUCGGAAAUCUUGUCUGGACCAAUACAAGUUUUACUUUCUAAAGUUUGGAAAUAAACGGACGUGCAAAAAUACACCGACGUGCAAAAAUACACCAACCAACACAGCGGGCUACAUAUUAGCCCUGCAUGGGUUAGCGCAAAUGUUGCUUCGAAUAACUGGCCCCUGUAGGAAACAUCGCAUUUCCAAACGUUUCCCACAACGUUUUCUUGUAUUUACCCACGGGCAGGUUCUAUAUAGUCGCAGGCUGUGCAUAGUCAUUCAUUAACAUAUACAGAUAAAUAUUGUACUGUACGUCAUCUUCGAGUCCUGAAUGGUACUCUUUCGAGUGGUAGUAAUUGCGAUAUUAUUCGUCUUUCCAUAAUGCACACAGAUUGCAGGAAACUAUUUCAUAUAUUGUCCCAGGUAACUGUGAUUAUCGUAUAAUUUUCACUUUUAUUUUUUGGGUUUUUUUUUUAGGAAUUGGCCUUGACUAUUACCCCUAGUUUUUCGAAAAUGAUCGAGUAUUCUGCCAUGAAACAUUCCAUUAUCCCAAGAAUCAAGACACUUUGUCUUAAAACACAGACAUUUUCUGUAAGUUCUGUAUUGGUUUUGGUUUUGCUUCCCAACAGCUGUGUUAUAGGCACUUUAUUGAAAUUGCUGUAGUUGUUUAUUAUCAAUGUGUUGAUGUGUUAUCAUCGAUCUAGGUACGUGUAAAUUGCCUUGUGUGUCUGGGAAAGAUCAUGGAAUUCUUGGAUAAAUUCAUUAUUAUUGACGAAAUAUUCCCGCUUUUGCUUGAUAUCCCAACACGUGAGCCUGCAAUCUGUAUGGCUAUUUUAGGUACGUCAUCUUAGCCUGCGUAGCAGCUCUCAGGAAUUAAUUAUAUUUAAUAAAAUACUUAAUGUUGAGGUAGAGGUAGAACCUCGACUAUAAACAAUUACAAUUUAAAUAUACAGCGAUUUCGUACCUUGUAAUUUCGUACCUUAUUUUGGGAAUGGAAUAUCUCCCGUAAAGUCAGACAAGCUAGAGACAUGUCUUUUGUUUUCUUGGCGACUUUAAAAUCAGGAAUGUAUUUCACAAAUUAUUAAAAUGUUGUGCUUCUUCAUGAUUUAGGUAUUUAUAAGCAAACUACGAUAUAUAAGAAACUGAGUCUUGACAAGGAUUAUAUUGCCAAGUCAGCUCUUCCGUUUUUAUUACCUCUGGCUGUGGAGCCAGGCCUCAAUAUUACUCAGGUAAAGUAAAUUUAAACUUAAUUUAGUCAUUCCUCAAUCCUAUAGUUAUUUAAGGGUGCAGGACAUGAAAUAUUGUAUAGCCUUCUAUACGAAAGUGCAGGGCAUAAAUACUGAUAUCAAGAUUUUGGUAGAUGGAAAUUUCGAAUAAAUUUUUAGACGUUUAAAUUAUACAUUUUAAGAAAUAAAAUGACUCUAUAGCUUAAAGGACUCAGGUUGGGCCGUAGAUUUGACUCCUGCCAGAUGGCUUACAGUAUAGUUGCAUUUUUCGUAACUACUCCUGGUUCCGUCUAAUAUGAUAGUACAUUGAAAGACACUGGGUUGUGGGACAGUUUCAGCCAGUGAACGCUCAAAACUGUCAGUAACGUCUUAAAAGUGACGUCGUCGCGUAAUGACCUAUAUACAUGGAACACGUCAUUCUAUAUUCUCCAAUACGUACACCGUCCCUUCGUUCUCUGUAUUAGGGAAAUUCGAUUCUAUCACGUUUUUCUCGGAGUAGUUAUCCCGGGAAAGCUCUGCUAUGCCCAUUUCGAGCCGCUGUCCGUGCACCAUUGUAUACAUUUAUUGAAUAUACUAUAGUAUUGCUACACUAAAAAGGCCCGUUUACACUAAAUUCUUGCUGCGAUUUUAGGUGCAAUAUUCUGCUUCUGAUGCAUGUGAACGAGUGGCUGAGUUAUGAAUGUUCAGAAGAGGGUACAUCUUUGGUACAUAUACUCAGAACAUUCACAACUCAUCCACUUGUUCACAUGCAUCAGAAGAAGAAAAUCGCAGCAAAAAUUGCAAGUGUAAACGGGCCGUUAUUAUUAAUGCUCUUAUACAUCAUGUUUAACCUAUGUUGAUUCCAGUUUACCCAGUUUAUGUCGGUGAUACGUGAGAUGGUGAGCCGUGUUGAAACAGAACAGAAAGCGAAACUACAGCAGCUGAAGCAGAUGCAAGAAGAGACAAAGUAUGCAAAAGAUUCGAGUCCAUUUUGAGACACUGUCGCCUUCGACUGCCAGUGUAAAAAUAUGUACAAUUUUACAAGAUUUUGCAGCUAAAUCAAUGCACUUCCCAGAGGAAUGCAUUGCAUUUCACGUGCUUGUAAUUUCUUUGUAUGCAUGUUCCGAUCAUGGGCAUGCACCCUGCUAAAUAAAUGUCAUUCAUGAAUUGCUCCAUGCAUGCAUAAGUAGCAUGCAUUUCUCCUUCGCGCUGUGUUGCGUUAGCGACAAAUAAUCGCCGUCAUUACUAACUUUCUAUAGGUCAUCAUAAGUUCUGGUUUAUUGAAAACACCACGUGUAUUUAUUGUUGCCAACUUUCGAUCCGGAUCUGCAUCAGUGCUAAUAAUAUACUUGUAUGACUUCUAGAUCGUCUCUUGCUUUUGCACAAGAAGUACACGACAGUAAACAAAUGGAUGACCUAAUGGGAAAAGUUUCAAAUUUAUUCUCAGCAAAUAUUACGGCAAACUCUGGAACAAACGGUACAGUAAGACUGAUUUUAUGCUUGUAAAUUGCGUCCGUACGUGUGCGUAUCGCGUAUGAUCCGCUUGUCGCUAAGCAAGUUCGUGUUAGAACAUUAUCUUCUGAGCAAUAUUGUUAGCAAAUAUGGUUACUGGUAAUCUACUAGUCUGUGUAAACGCUUGGUAUAAUUAUUAUACAUGUAUAUACAGUGUGGUAUAGGAUGAUCAUGAUAACUGCCAAACCUUAAGAUUAAGCGAAAUCUUAUCUUUCACUGCAGUUUACUUUAGUCAUACUAAAAUGCACAAGGUUUUGUAUACAACUUAACUGCAGUAGCUCUUGGAACAUCCACAUAACCGUGUUCGCAUGGCUUUAAUUUGUUGAAACAAAGUAAAAUAAUAACGGCUUAUUGACCGAGCGUGAGGUCUGUACUGUGAAAUAUCAGACGGAGGUUUUUUAGUAUGGACCGAGCGACGAAGGAGCGAGGUCCAUGCAAAAAACAGAGGUCUGAUAUUCCACAGUACAGACCGAACGAGCGAGGUCAAUAAUCGGUUUAUUAUAUGGCUGAACUGAGUCUGUGCACGAGCAUAUGCUUUUCGCGCUAAUUAAAUCGGCUAUCGUCAGUUUCACUGGGUAACUAUAUACGGUAGGCAUGCAUGCUCAAUCAAAAACAAUUUGGUUGUUUGAAAUAUUUAUCUGUAAAUUUUAAUGACACACAAUUGGAGAAUUAAAAAGCAAAAAUUCUUUCUGUUUGCAAAACAAAAAUUUCCCACCAGAUAAACGACAUCCGGGACACCGGUCCAGAUACGGAAAAUACGGACCACGGUCCGGAUAUGGGUUUUUACGGACCGCUUGUCAACCAAUCAGAAUAGAGAAUUUUGAAAAGCCAUAUAAUAAUAUACUGUAAUUCUUCGCUUUAAUGUUAACAUUUCAAACCUUGGAUACUAUACCUAAUCGCCUAUUUACUCCAGUACACACAAUAACAAGACAAUGAAUGGUAAGCGAAUAUGACAACAAUAAUAUAGUAUUACUGUUAUGAGGGUAAGUGAGUGGGGGGGUGUUAAUCAUCCUGCUUGCAGCUGAGAGCUAUAUACGCUGAAUUGCGAAGAGCUGACACAGCUCAACCUGAUCGAGUUGAAGCCAUUCUAAGAGCGCCUCUGGCAGCCACCUUGUGAUUCAUGUCACGGAGUACAGCUACUGUGGUAGGGUCAGUUUGGAGCUUCUCAACCUAUACCUUGUCGGCAUUUCCUGGGUACCCGCGGCGAAAGCGCACGACUUACGGUAGAGUGUUCACUGACUCUUCACAUAAGUGUCAUGCGUCCCUCAGACGAUUGUGCCACCGAAAAAUCUACAGUACGAAUCUGAAUACUUCCAGAUUCGUACUGUGGAUACUUUAUCGAACUGAAGAUAAGUAGUAAGUAGUAGCGUCUGUUUAAUAUUUCUGUUGUAUUUCAGAGAAAGCAAAUGCGGAAGAGAAAAAUGUAGGAAAUGGAAGUGCAGCGGUAUGUAAAAUGUGUAAAAAGUAAACUUUUCAUUGUAUCUAUGUAAAUGCUUUAGUACCAUAGGAAAUGUGAUCUAAAUUUAUGCCUUGACAUGUAAGAUAGUCUUGUUUAAAGAGGCGUCUUUGUAAUUAGUAUGUUUCUGGCCGUUUCUAGUUUGAAACUUCGUCUACGCAUAGGCCAUUUGCAGAAUUACUGGAGAGUACAGUAGCUUUAUACACUUAAUUCGUUCAUUUGAAAGCAGACAGAAACUUCAAACAUAACGUAAGACUGCAUGAAAAAAAUUCACAAGAAGUCCAAGAAUGAAUUCAAGGCUAUGCGUGUAUAAUGCUACUCUCCAGUAAUAUACAUAUCGCAAGCAACCUAUAAUAAGACUAUAUAGUAUACAAUUAAUGUCUGCUCCCUCGGGAAAUAGUUUGUUUUGUUUUCCCGAGAGUCUCAAUAUUUCCCGAGACGAAGUCGAGGGAAACAUUGUGAUUCGAGGGAAAACAAAACUAAGUAUUUCCCGAGGGAACAGACACUAAGCGUUUUGUUAUAUAGCGACGAACAAAACUCAACAUUCAACAACAUCCAUACAACAAUUGUUUUUCGUGACAAAAAGUCUAUAGUGUAAACGAGUUUAAAUUUAAAAGAACCUACUUAAACGGUUUCAGCAGCAUAUCCUGUUGCCUGUUGUGUAUUUUUCUUCUCUUUUACAUUCUUUAUUUGAACACAAACUUGGAAAAUCGUAGUUUCUAAUUAUGCUAGUUGUGCCGCCAUUUUGUUUAUUUAUGUACGUAGCCGGUCGGGGCGGGCAACAAUUUUUCACUUGUUACCCGGCGGGAUACAUUGCAUUUAUCUGAAGUCACGUGACCACAAAUCAGCCAAUCACGUUUGGUGUUCACCCUAGCUAUAUAACAAAACUUUUUGGUUGGUUUGGAUACUGUACUAGCUUACAUUGUUUAUUCUGGGUAUAUAGGUAAAGUUUACAAUAAUAUUCACAUUUUCUAGUUUAACAAAUUCUUUGGCUUUGCUGAUGGUUCACAACAAUCUCAGAACGCGCAAGAACUUCACGUUAAUCUUAAUAAAACGGCUCCACAAAAGCCUCAGACACAAUCAACUCUAUUUGACUCGAGCAUACAGACAACGUCGACAUCCAUGACAAGAAAUAAUGUCUUAAAGCCAACUGUUGGUUCAAACUCUCAACCUAGCACAACUACAAACACACUCCAUUCCACGAUGAACCAAAAUCUUAACAUGGUUGGUGCUCCCGCUCAAACACGCAAUCAAACUGGACUUGGUGGAUCUUCAGCUGGUCAGGCAUCACAUAACUUUAUUACGUCAUCUCUUACAACUCCUUACAACAUUAAACCUGAACAAGCAAGGCCUACUCACAUGACUUCAUCAAGUUUUAACUACCAGGCUAACAUUCCUUCCAUGGGGAGUGGAACAAUGCCUGGUACAUUGAAUGGAGGUAGGAUUUAAUGCGUAAGUAGUAUGUAACCGUGGAGUGGGGAUGCUAAUUAUCACAACCAUCCUCAGAGAUAUGAAAAACUCUUGACACUGCAAACUACAACGAAAAAUUCAUUGUCUCGAGUGGGAUUCGAAGUCGCAUCUUCAGGUUUCUAGACUACCGCUCUACCCAUUGAGCUAUCGAAUCAACGGGGAUUGGUAGCGAGUCCAAUUUAAGUUCAUUAAAUAUUUUCACGACGACAUAAGUCUUGGACGACGCUUGUCUUUCGAAUAGAAUUGGAACACUUAAAAUUUAGCCCACUGUUUUUGUUUAUGUAUUUCUGCAUGUCGAUUCAUUUCAAAACUUCAGUAAAUAGAACUGCUAUAUUGAUCCCGAAAAGAUUUUGGAAAAAUAUGUUCAAGUUAAUAACAACUGUUCCAAAGUUUGCUUUAUUAAAGUUUUUCAUUAACCUGGAGUUGAGCAGCCGGCUUUCGAACAACGCGCGGCCCGUAGUGAAUGGUGAUGCUACAGUAGUAAUGCACAAAAGUGUCAUUUGAAAACUAUAAAGGUCUGAUCCGUUUGGUACGGAAAAGGGAAAUCUAUUUAUCCAAUACUGUAUACACCUAACGCAUGAUAACAAGCUAAAGUUGGAUUACUUUUUUAUACACAUUAUACAAUACAUUGUGAAUAUAGAGUCAUUCUGCAAUUCAUGUUGUAAUCCAUCUAUAUUUUCUACUCUUUACAGGAAUGUACUCUGGAAAUACUGGUAUUUUUCCCAACACACCAUCGUGGAGACCAGCUAUUCCCCCAGCAACAAAUACAUCAUCGUCUCUGAGUUCCUUGGAGAUCCCAGGAUUUCAAAGCAGCCAAUCACAAACAAGAACACUAAACCAGAUGCAAUCAAUGCAGGGAUCAGCUGCACCAUCUAAUUUAGGUAUGAAUAACGUACCUUACUUGCGUUUAAAACAGACGAGUUUUGACAUUCACACAUAUCUUCUGCGUAUGAGCGAACUGAGAGUAAAAUAGUCCGUACGAGUUAUAAGGUUCUGAAACAGGGUGCGAUAAUUCGCGUACUUACAAUACGUACCCGAGGUACGGCCAAUACUACAGUCUGGUACUUCUUGUUUUGUAUAGCCAAGUAACACGUAGGUAUACGCGGGACUCUCACUAUUUGAGAACUUAAAUUUUGUUGGAAAACUGCAUACUGUAACCUUUCCAAGUCCGAGGUAUUCAAAACCGUGAUUAAUUAGGUACACAUGUAUGUGUAAAGUCCGACAUGUCUUGGCAUUGACUGAUGGGAUGAGAUGGGACUAAGGAAUGUUCGAGUGAAUUGUAGUGUUGGUAUAUGCAACUGUGUUCCUUCUUGUUCUAAUUGAAGUAAAUGAAUACUUUUUAGACUGUGCUUUAUGUACUUUAUCAUUAAGUCUAAGUACACUUUGUAGCAGGUCAAGUGCGCGGCAGUAAUGAUGGAAGUACCGGUGAGGUACGGCUGAAAAUCUUGAAUUAUCGCACCCUGUGUAAAAACUACAAAUUGAAUAUGCCACUUACGCUCGAAUGCCCACAGAUAAUAAAGACGAGCUUCAUACGAAGUUGUAAUAUUUUUAUAGCAAAUUUUACCUCGACUUGGCGUUAUUAUUUUUGACAAAGUGCUCUAUUACAUAGUGGUCUCCUUCCGAUAAUACAAAACUGUCUUUCCUUGCAUGUCAGUCAUACUAGGUAACCAUGUGGUUAUGAAUUAUAGUUUAGUGUAUUUAACAGUUUUGCUGUAGGAUUUGAUAUUAUUAAAUACUAUUCGACCAUAUUUUCUGACUAGGUUCGUAUGGUGGUCAAUCAAGUUUCAUGCAACCAACAUCAGGAAUUCAGGCUCCACUUCUUGCAAGAAACCAAAGUUCUAACUUAACACCAACACUUCCUUUGUCCAAUCAAAAUUCAACACAGCAACAACGGCAACAGCAACAACAACAGCAACAAAAUGCUGACUUGUUAGAUAUAUUUGGAUGAUUAUAUAUAUCGUUAUAGCACAAGAAAGGAACUUGAUUUCAAAGUCCUGCAAAUCAUUGUUUCCCGAAAACUGGAACCUUUCUAUCGAUUCGCCGUGCUUGAUUGUUUUGGAUUUAUCUAGUUUUGAACCGGACAAGUCUUGUUUUUGCGACAUUUCCAAAAGAAGUUCCGAAAAAACAAACCUGCUUUGGCUCAACGCUCUUUAAAUCCAAAGGCAUCAUAAAUCUUUAAUUCCUGUUGUUCAUUUUAAUCUAAAUUCAAAUUUGUGCACAACAUCAAUUGGAUCAUGUCGUCCUUCUUGACCACGUUACUUUAUAUUUUCCUGAUAAAAGGGUAAAUAAUUAUGUUCAUUAUUUCCAUUAGUUCUUUUGUUAUCAAACAUACCAUCAUGCAUCAAAUGAAUAGUUGAAAAAACAUUGCAUGUAGUCUUCGAAGUUAUUCUAGAAAGAAUUUAGAAAUGAAUGGAUAUAAUAAUGUGAACGAAAACAAAAAAAAAAUCUAAGAAGGUAUAUUCAAGGACAUGCAUGAAAGGAAGGCACGUACCAAUAAACAUACAUACUAACAUACUGGCAAUGUGUAAUAUGAUUUAAUAAUACCGUGUAGGUCAUGCUAUUUAAACAGUAGAAUGUUGCCGUAAAUUAUUUUGUACUAUUUUAAUGAUAUUUAAUUAAUUUAAACAAAUAAAUCAAGAUGAGACUGAGUUCAUUUAUUGCUCUGGUCAUUUCAAUGUUUCCUCU